UUGUAGUUGGCACGCCGUAUGGUCCUGUGACGUAAAAUCAACGAUACCGUCGCCGCUGUGCAUGCGCGUCGGUGAGUGUGUGUGUGUAAUGAGCGCGCGCAGCUCCACAUUAGAUCCGUACUGACCCACAAACACCGUGUGACAUCACACGGUCCUCGCUCCUAGCCUCACGCGACGAACGACAACAACAUACAUUAUUUAUUAAAAAAAAAAAAAAAAACUAACGAUGAACGCUGCGACCACCGCAGCCUGCCUGUUCGUCGCUGCCUUGAGCUGCUACCUCUACGGCGCCAGCGACGUGCUGUCAUCGCUGCUCGGUGUCUUUUCUGCAGACCGACCCUCCAUGCCAGAGCCGGGAGAUGCUCCGCGGCGAAGCCCGCAGGGAGUCCCCUACAGCGAGCUGCGGCACAUCGUCAACGCCGACGGACUGCACCUGUUCUGCCGCUACUGGGAGCCCGCAAGUCCGCCAAGGGCUCUGGUGUUUAUUGUUCAUGGAGCGGGAGAGCACAGUGGGCCAUAUGAAGAAAUUGCACAGAGACUGAAAGAACAGUCCCUGCUGGUAUUUGCUCAUGACCACGUUGGCCAUGGUCAGAGUGAAGGAGAGAGAAUGAUCAUCAGGGACUUUCAGAUUUACAUCAGGGAUUCCCUGCAGCACAUUGACCUCAUGAAGUCCCGCCAUCCGGAUCUUCCCGUCUUUAUUGUGGGCCACUCCAUGGGUGGUGCUAUCUCCAUCCUCACUGCCUGUGAAAGACCCAAUGAUUUCACUGGAGUGGUCCUGAUAGGCCCGAUGGUCCAGAUGAACCCAGAGUCUGCAACCCCCUUUAAGGUUUUUGUGGCGAAGCUCCUGAACCACAUGAUGCCGAGCCUUUCUCUGGGAUCCAUCGAGUCCAAAUGGAUCUCAAGGGACAAAACGCAGGUUGAGGCGUAUGACAAUGAUGAGCUGAACUGCCAUGGCAGGAUACGGGUGUCGUUUGGCAUCCAGAUGAUGGCGGCGGCCGAGAGGAUCGAGAGGGCGAUCCCAUCCAUCAGCUGGCCCUUCCUGCUCCUCCACGGCGACGCUGACAAGCUCUGUGACAUCCGAGGCUCCAAGAUGAUGUAUGAGAAAGCUGCAAGUUCAGAUAAAAAACUAACGAUCAUUGAAGGAGGAUACCACGCUCUACAUCAUGACCUCCCAGAAGUGGCCGAGACCGUGCUGAAGGACGUGACGAGCUGGAUCACAGAUCGACUCCCUCCAGCAUCAAUGCCAUCAAAGCAAGGCUCGUAGAUCUCCAACGUAAAAAAAAAAAAAAAAGAACUCAGCUGUCAAGAACUCAACGCUCCAAGGAGACUCCCAAACCGUAUCCCACCAGGUGUACAUCCUUUCCCGAAGCCAUGUGACAUCGUGUUCUGUGUCUGAAGGGUUUACUAACAUUAUUUCCCAUCUUCUUUAAGAGGAUGAUGCCAUCACAAACUUUGAUCCCAGAAACUCAGCGAAAAGGAAAAAUUUCUGAGCAGAAUCUACAAUCAGGGAUGUGCCUCAUGCGGUCCAGCAGGAGGGUGUGUUGGUUUUGUCAUCAUCUCCUGGUCUCCUGUGCUACUCAAAUGAAGUUGAAAUCACAUUAAGCUAUGGUUCUAAGUGCAAUAAUUACAUUAUCCUCUAUUAGUUACUGAAUUGAUCUUUUAGAUACUAAUACCAAAUGUAACACCUUGCGUUACUGAUCCGAAGCAAAAGCACUUGCUUUUCCGUCUUUCAAUCUGCAAUACAUCAAAGGGUCAAGUUCCCAGAACAGGCAGAGAUCAGGUGACCUUGAGGUGGCAAAGGUCACCUCAAGCUGUCAAUAACUGGUUUCUCCAAUACUCCAACAUAAACGUCAUAAAUCUUUCUGAGCUCACUUUGUAUUCAUAAGGAAUCCUAUCUUUUCUUGACUUCUUUCAUAUGUUUCCUUUGGUCUAAAGACAGAAGGUCUAAUAAACAGCUCAAAAUCAAUACUUCUUCAAAAAAGAAGAUUCAGGCAAGUUUUUUGUUUCUAGCUGAUAGAUUUGAAGACAUUUUAUAUAUGGCACUGUUUACCUUUUUUAAAUAAAUGAGUGCUUUCAAUGACAAGAGUCGUGAGCACAAUCGUUUCUAGGAGGCAAAUUAACCAGGUCAUGCUGUUGUGACUUUCUCUGCAGAUGGGGCCUCAUACUGAGAGGUCAAAGGUCAAAUGUUUUGACCCCUUUAAGGCCACGGUUGACUUCACUGUUAGUGGUUGAUGUAGCAUCUGUUUGGUGAAUAGGGAAUACCUCAAAGCUGUGAGGUAUUCUCUCGGGUGAAGCUCCGCUGUCUCACAAAACGAAUCAUACCCUUGAAUUUAGUCAGAUUUUGUCAGGCACAAACCGAAACGUAUUCUGUUGGUCUUCUGUGUGACGGAACAACACAAAGUGGGAAGCUGAACUAAUCUGAACAGUCGAUACUCUGUUGAAGCUCCUUUUGGGUAAUUGCAGAGCAGAUCUUUUGAGGUUGGUACCAGCUUUGCACAUUCUUAUAGGCAGUAUAGCUCAAAUUCAGUCAGAUGGUGGCCAUAAAUAAUCGUCAGUUCUUCCCACAUGUAGAUUCUCAGUUGGAUUUAGGUCUCGACUUUGACUAGGCUAUUCUAACGCAUGAACAUACUUUAAUGUGAACCAUUACGCUACAACUCUGGCUCUAUCGUUAGUUGUUCUGCUGGAAGGUGAACCUCUGGCUCAGUCUCGGGACUUUUGCUGUCUAUAAAAGGUUUUAUUCCAGGUUGACCCCAUCUGUAGCUCCAUCAACUUUGCCUAGUUUUUCUGUCACUACUGGAAAUGUCAGCCCUGCAGCAUGAUGUUGCCACCACCUUGUUUCCCUGUGAAUACACGUGAUGUGCAGUGUAAUAUUUUUUUCUUCCACAGGAGGCAUUUUCCAUAUCAAGCACAAAGUUUGUCUAAUCUGACUUGAACUCCAUUUUUCACAUUUGUCCCCUAAAUACCAUGUAAAAAUAAAUAAAAAAUGCAUAUGGGACACUUUUCCCCUUUUAAUAACACUUUCUUCUUGCGACAUUUUAAAAAAAUGUCACUUUAAGUCUAUAAAUAUAGUUACAUAUCAGAAGUUAAUAUAAAACUUUGAUUUAAAGUAAAAAGCUUUGGAAUAGCUGUCCUAUUCUGAGUUUGAAUGCUAGAUAGAAAUAAUUACUACAAUUAUUUUAAAAUGGACUUCUUUAUAGAAAGCUACAGUUGAGGGAGAAACAGCAGCAGCUGUCACCUCUCUCAUUCUGCCCCCCUCCAAACAACAAUGUGUCUCCCCUGAAGUCAACCUUGGCUUUAAACAUCCAAGCAAUCAUGUCACAGCAGCGUUUAUAUUUUGUAGCUCUUUAAUUGUAAGCUGGGCAGACACACACUGCACCGUACCGUCCUGCGGACUGUAAUUAGCCGCUGUCGCUACCUGUUGCUUCGAAUCGUUCACAAUGAGAAAACCUUUCAGAAGUCAGGGCUCCAACAUCAGGAUCAGUUAGCUCAUUGUUGGUAUUCACAACCAACUUUUUAUAUGCGCCUUUUUAGGAGAAUUGUAAUUAUUAGUGUUGGGUGAGUUUAAAUGAAUCACAAAGACUCGCGCAGGAGGUGUGGGGAACGUGGUGAUGACCGGCUGUCAUGUUUAUCUCCAGCAGUAGUUCUUUUGUUUCAAAUGCACUUCACAUGUGCCAUCACCAGGGGGAUCCCAGCUGAAGUGAUAUAAUGAGAGGAAUCUCUGGGUUCUAUAUGUCUUUCCAACUUUCUGCCUCCUCCGUUUGCGCCGCAUUUCACUGUGUGUUGGGUCUGGCGUUUUUGUUUCAUCUUUCAUCUUCCUCUCCUUUUUUUUUUUUUUGGCUAUGAGUGCUAACGGUUGCUCUUUGUUCUGUCCAUCACGUACGCCUUUGCUCUGUCACAGAUUCAGACAUGUUGUUCAUGGACACCCACACCGUCACACGCGGGGAACUAUCUCGGCAGCAACAGGCUGCGGGGAUGCAUUGUGGAGAUGUUGUUUUUGCCUCAGAGCGCUCUUUUUGUCUUGUGAAAUGUGCAACUCUGGUAAACCUGAAAGAUUAAGCUCAACUUAAUACCACACCGUGUCCAAGUGAGCAUCCUAAAAUUUCUCUUUCACAGACGAUUGUUUUGUUUUUUCCUGAUCAGUAGCUCAGGAAAAUAAAAUUCAAAUUUGAAGUUACAGCAUUUACUAUCACAUCACACAGAAGAUUUACCCUCAACCUGCAUCACCCGGUGUGCAGAUAUAGACAGAAACGUAAUGUAUUCCUGAUUCUCAGCCGGAGUCAGGCCCCUUAACCCCCAACCAGAACCGCUCGCACUUCAAACACAAUCUCCUCCUGAUUAGGCUGCAGCAGAGCCAGCAGCACACAAAGGCUGCCCAGUCCCCAGUUGUAUUCAAACUCCUAAUGGCUCCCCUGCUGCACAGCAUCAGCACAAUGACCUCAGCUCGCAGGGUAAUUUAGAAAAAAAAAAAGCUCUACCUGUCAGAUUAUGUGAGUGGAUAUUUCUGCCUGUUGUUUGCUUUGACGGCAGAGAGUGAAAACGGGAUGCAGCGAGAGGAAAAAGCGAGGAAAGAAGCCAACAGUAACCAUGGCAGCACUUUCUGUUUCCUCUUUUUUCUCUCUCUCUGCUGCGAAAUCACUCAGUAAAAAUAAAUAUCCUCAUUAAUUUUGUGGAUCGUAUGGCAGACUAGAGGGUCUCGAGGCUUGUUGUCCUUUUGCUGCUCUGAGGAUUCCCUUUCUGUGCGAGUGUUGAGAUAAGAGACUAAAGCAUCAUCAGCUCACAGUGAAUAAUAAGAGCUGCAUGCGCUGAAUCCUAAACAGCAAGGAUUAUACACCAUUUGUGUCAAAUGAGGAGCUUUCCUUGGACAUUGUGGGGUUGGAAUUUCCCUUUUUUUUCUUUCUUCAUACAUUUCUCUAAUUUUUUUACACAUACAUUCCAUGUCUUUAUUAAAUAGUGAUAAAAUACAAUCUAGCACUUCCCCAAUAUGUUGCAUUCCUGUUCAUCCCUACAGUUAAUCUCUGGCUUCACUUAUUUUAAAGACAACGCAUGUCCAGUGACAUGCGUUGUGGUCAAAUUGCUCACACUGAGACAGCCAUGUGAAAAUGUUCAGUUCAGAUCCCGGCUUCAGACAGGCGCUCUAUAUUAUGUAACUGGGGAGGGGAAAAAAGGGGGCAGAACAGAGCUGAAUCCCUAUUGAGCUGUGACUUUUAUAACAAAGCCAGAUUCAUCCUGCCUGCUGGUUUGUCAAUAGGGUCACUGUUUCUUUUUGAGAUUUUUUUUUUCUUUUACGACUUUAGGACUGUUUCUAUGAAUAGAGCUGUUAUUUAUGACAGGAGUGAAGGGGCAAAGGCCAGUCUUUCUAUAGUUUCAUGAGAUUAAUCUGUUCCGAGGAGACUCUGUGAAGGGUUCCAUUAACGGGAUAGUUUGUAUGUUUUUUUGGGAGUGAGGCUCUAUUCAAAGCUGCUGAAAUCUUACAUGCUUUGAAAACCUUUUUGGGAUUUAUAAAGUCUAACUUAGUAUGUGAUUCAGAUCAAGGCUAACAGUUUAUCUGAAAGGGAAAAAGACCAAAGCAGAUUUCUGCCAUCUUAGGACAGCAUCAGUCUCAAACAUGCCACAGACGUUCAUUUAAAUGCUGUCUUUAAAAGCCUUUAAACCAGUGGUGUCCAAAGGGUGGCCUGUGGGCUCUUUGUAGCCCUCAUAAUGAUAUAAUAUGACCACAGUUCAAGAAUGGUUGAAAUUUGACUCACAAGCACAAUCAGUUCACAAAGACAGACACAUUUAAAUUUAAAAUGUAAACUAUUGGAUAGAUUCGUCUUAUCUCAGAUUUUCUUUUGUUUUGGUUUUUUUUUUUUUUUGUUUUUUAACAGAACCUCAUCUCAAAAACUCUGAACUAUCCCUUUAAGGUGCUCAUGUUGCUGUACUCAAGCUGUCAGCAAGAUUUAAACAGGUCUUCUCCAAUUUGCUGCGAAUGGUAAAAAUAAGUAGAUAAAAGUAGUUAGUUUCACCCUUGUCUUGAAAGAGGUAAUGGGCGUAUGACAACACAUUUUUGAACUCCUGUUCAAAUCUUGCUGUUGUUAAGAAACCUUGUACAAUUAUUGUACAAUAGCUUUGUAUUUAUAACACACAAAAUAGACAAUUGUAUUGUAUUUUAGCUAUUUUUUAUUUAUCUUGUGUAGAGUACUAUUAACAAAUAACUUCAUGUGUUGGCAUGUAUGUACUAGUUACACAAUGUCAAGGCAUGUUUUAUACCAGAACCUAUUCAGACAUCCUGAUGUUCACCUAUUCCACUUAUAGAGCUGUUGUAUAUGUAGUCAGCAACCAAACAUUGCUUUUCUAAGGAGAUUUAUACAGUAAGGGAUUUGCUCCAGUAUGUUUUAGAUGAUGCUGGAUGCAAAAUGAAACCACUGCCAAAUCAUUUCACAGCAUUUUGAAUUCAUUUUCAUGUUCUUAACAGCUAAAGGUGAUCUGACUCUUUGAAACAGAAAAUGUCGCUAUGAAGAUGUCAUGUUUAACAUAUAUUCAAUGAAAUUCAGCAGUUUUGAGAGUGCAUGGAACUCAUCCAAAAUCUUAAGCAUCAAUCAGAAUCAAAGAAAACCUUUGAUUACAUUCAUUAAAAUACAAUUUACGAGUUAUUUGUGAUAGUACAUGCUUUGCAAAACUUUGUUUUAUCUAUGUUAUUUAUGCCUUAUUACUGAUGAAUGUGCAUAUUAUAGUUGUUUGCCUGCAUUGAACCACUGGAAUCAGUCGGUUUGUCCUGAUUGGCUCAUUGGGGGACUGGCGAGCUCACACCUGAUUGGUGCAUAUCCGAUAAGGAUCUUUUAACAUAAGUGAAGGUUAACGUUCAUGUUGCUCCUGACUUUCUGAUGUCUACUGUCAUGCUUGUGUACCUCUUAUCAGUCUCAUUAAAUUUAUGUCUAUUAGUCCUUAUUAAUGUGCAAACAGGGAAGCAGACAUACAUUAAAAACUGCUUCUGCUCCUUUUGAUAUAGGAUGAACUUCGCUACUUUAAUACCUCCCAGCUUUGCUACUCACCUGUUCAAGUCCAUUUUAUGUUAAUACCAAAAAAAAGAGACUUCAGAUGAAAACUGUUUGAGUUCACCAAGACUAAUAGUAGCUAAAUUACUGAGUUGAUGCAUAAGCAUUGAUCAAAAUUGUAUAAAAUAGAUAAAUCAGGGGUUUUAUGUUGUUUUUUGUGGGAGCUUAAAAUAAAAGUUUAAAAUAUAGUUUUCCAUCAGUGUGACUAUUUUGAAUGAUUGGUUAGUUUGCACAUGUGUCUGGAGCAACUCCAUGAAUCAUUCUGGCUCCUCUGAAGGGAUUUAAAGGGUCUAUGAAGGGAAACUCCCUGAUGUUAUACGAAGCCUGCAGAGAUUAGAUUGUGUUUGUAGGGGAAAAUAAAACACAGAGGAUUGGAUAUUUAAGUCUUCCUUGUAUAUUUUCUGUGUUGAUUUGUUUUAACAUGUUGUAAUGUUACUGAAGGACAGUUUCAAUAUUCCUGCGCUGGUGUUCUUCUAUGUCCUCCAAGCUGUAAUCCAACUUAAAUUCAGGUAUAAAAUCUGCUUUUGACUGAGAUAAUAAAAUCACUUCAUUGGUCAGGUGUCAGCAUUUGAAAGACUGCAACUGUAAAUAAGAUGGGUAUGAAAAAAUAACACUGAAAAUUCUUCUGAAUGUCAAUCUACUUAUUGCUAGACUGUUCACGACGUUCACAUUUAAAAUAAACAACAUGACUGUUUAA